AAAAAAGACAGGCUGUGUUACAGACAGCGAACGCUUCUGCCUUCUCACACACCAUCUGGUUGUCUUCAAGGACACAAUAACCACACGGCAAGAUGUGCAAAGGAUUAGCAGCCUUACCCCACACAUGCCUGGAGAGAGCCAAAGAAAUCAAGACAAAAUUGGGCACACUCCUCCAGAAGCCAGACUCGGCUAUUGACCUGAUUAUCCCUUACCCAGAGAAGCCUGCAAAGGUUCAAAAGCCUUCCCCAGAAGAAACUUGGCAGUGGCGCAAUUCCUUGGAAAAGCUCCUUCAAAACCCUUAUGGCCUUGCCAGCUUCCGGAAUUUCCUCCAAUCUGAAUUCAGUGAAGAGAACAUUGAAUUCUGGAUUGCAUGUGAAGAUUAUAAGAAGACCAAACUGCCUACCAAAAUGGCUGAAAAGGCCAAAAAGAUCUAUGAAGAGUUUAUCCAAAGUGAGGCUCCUAAAGAGGUGAAUAUUGACCAUUUCACCAAGUCAGUGACCAUGAAGAACCUGGUGGAACCAUCUGUAAGCACUUUUGACCUGGCCCAGAAGAGAAUCUUCAUGCUGAUGGAGAAGGAUUCCCUGCCCAGAUUUGUGCGAUCCAACUUAUAUGAAGAGUUAAUAAAAUAGCAGUGUGGCGAGCUGUGCAAGGCAUUGGUAUACCAGCGCAGGGUCAUUGCUUCCUCCAAUCCCUAGUAAUCAACAUGUGUUAUUUAUAUGGAUAGUUGCUUUGCUUUGUAUUUAUUCCAAGGCUUUGAAAACUCAAAGUCUGUGUUGUUAAACAUAGCGGCCAUGCUCUACUGUUUGGUCUUUAUUUUACUUCCUUACCUCUCUUUUUAUCUCCAUGACUCAAUGUCACUGGCACAAAAAUUGGCUUAGAUAAUACCCCAACCAAAAAUAUGACACCAAUUAUUUACAUGCAAAAGACCAAAUUGUUUGUAUGACCUUCUGUCUGCCUUUGAUAUCAAGUUUGUAGAAUCAAGGAUAACCCAGAUUUUAGAAUCUUAGGGAUAUACCAUCUGUCCUAAAAAGAAUUCUGACCUGGGUAGCCUACAAACAUUGUUCAGUUAGCAAGUUAGUAAUCAGAUACACAAUAUACACAUAGUUUUCAAUCCAUGUGACAAAUAUAUGUUAUUGCUACUGAUAAGCAAUCAUAAGUUAACCAGUAACUUCACAGUAUCAUAGACAAAAUAAAGGCGAAUGCAACAUGUACUAAAGAAGGACAAAUCAAGCCUCUAUGUGUCACAUAUCACUCAUAGCUAUGGAGAAGAUAGAAAACACCAUGACUUAGUCAAGGGAACACACAACAAAAAUACAGCCAUAAAAACCAUGUCUUUUGCUUUUUAGAUAUUCCCUCAGUGAACUGUAUUUCAUAUUACUACCAGAAAUAAUGCUCUCACAAUAUUUUAACUCAAUAAUUUAACAGGUAAAUAUCUCAUUUGACUGCAUCCAUUUCUGAUGACAGCUAGUAUUUGCUAUGUUGUUAUGAACCAAUGGAAACUAGUAAAUAUCAGCAUUUGCAACAUAAAGUAAGGAAAUAUUUAACAAAUCCCUCAAAUGAAACCAAGUUACCUUAAUAUGAGAAUCCUUGAAUUAUAUUUGCAGUUUGUAGCAAGAAAGUGAUGAUUUUGGGUUUAUGAAAAAAAAAUCCUAAAGUUAAUGAUAUGUGAAAGAGCAAUUAUAUAUUACUGGAAUUAAAUAAUCAGAGUUAAGUGGUUGAUCAAAAUCCUGAGCUGAUUUGUUACUAUUGAUAAAAAUAAUAAAUUGACAGAUACCCUCACAGCUAGCAGACAAUAGACAUCAUACAAUAAUGAAACAAUUACAAUAUCCAUUUUUAAAUAAAAAGUUUCUUCAUAGAAGCUGAAGAAUAUUGAUCUGGACAAUUUGUCACCCAUCAAAGUAAAUGCAUCCCACUAAAAUUUGUCCACUACUUCAUUAAAUCUUCUAUUUUUUGCAGAUUUAAUCAAUCAAUAAAAAUCAGAUUUUAAGAUUCCUGUGGAAUAUUCAUAGUUUAGGCGAUUUCAGGUUGUGAAAGUUCUAUUAUUAAAUAGAGAAUAGAGAAUAUUCACUCUUGGAAUAGCAGUGAUGGAUUCAGAAUCCAUUCUGCAGUGCUAAGAAUGUGAGAUAAAUUCAAACCCUGUGCUAAAUGGCUUUAGGGAAGGGGUAAGACUGAAUAAAUCAGUGGACCUGCCCAAACAGUAUGAUUUGUUUAACAACCCAGACCUUUUGUUACUUCUCUUCUUUUCCAUAUUAAAUUUAUAAGUGUUAUAUUUUUAUAAUGGCCCUGCACAAAUUCCAGUGCCCAUGCACAGCUUUAAAUAUAAUCCCUGAAAUCUACUUAUGAAUUACGAUAAAAAUAUUUAAGCCGAACCUUAAGAUGAACCUCUGUCUGUAGCACACUUCCCAAAGUAUUAUUUUACCACACACUUUAAUCAUAAGAUUUAAAUCUUCUUGUAAUAUAUGUACUAGUAAGAUCAAGGUAUUUAGCCUGCAGUGACAUGAAUAGAAAAGGCAUCCAGAUAGAGUUGAAAAAAUGCAUUUAUUUUUUUUUUAAAAUAGACCAAUUGUACUAGUCUAAAAAUCAGUUUACAGUCAAAGCCUCUACUUUGUAAAAUACUAGUCAACCAUUCAAUAUAGAUGAGAAAUCUUUCAAUGCUGUUUGCCCAUCACCAUUGGCUGUGGUGGCUGUGCCUGAUGGCCAGGGCGAUUUCAUGUCAUGGCAGGAUGUGCACAGAAGUCAAUUUCAAGUUGACAAGUUGUCUAACAUCAUCCAACUGGAGGUUAAUUUAAAUUCCUCUAUAAUAUUUUUUCUGAUUUUUUUUCUCAGAGACGCAAAUGGUUGUAAUAUUUUAUUUUUUAUCAAAAGGGGAGGUAAGCCAUAAUUGCUACCAUGCCCCUCAUAUGAUCUAGUGGAGCUCAUGCAAAAGAUGGUCAAACUGAAUUGGGCCCAAAUACUCCUUAUGUGGUUUAGGUUUUUUCCUGCAUCCUGAGCAGCAAAAAAAAAAAAGAAGAAAAAAGAAAAGAAAAACAGUGGGGGAAGGGGGAAGGGGACCCAAGUGCUCUGCAUCCCUUGGGGUUUUUUUUCUUACUUUAUCUUUCUACACCAUCAGUAUCCUCUUCUUACUCAUUAGGUUUCAGUUACCUCAUUCCUGCCCCAUAAUAUUCAAUUUUCCAACUGCUAAGUGCUAGUCUUUAACACUUAGGCAGCCAAUCCAACUACCAAUAGUGACCCAGAUCUAAAUAGCACUGGAUCCUGCAUCUCUCUUCUUAGAGUGCUCUUUAACAAUUGAAUGAGCAUUUAAUAUCUUAAAAAAAUGUAGAUUUGGCCUGUUAAAUAUAUCCAAAAAGAUAAGUACCAGAAAAUUUCACCAGCCAGGUCAUCAUUUCCAAUUCUCUUGAACUGCUUAAUAAACAACAUCUGUUUCCCCAAGCUAGAAAUAUUAGCAAACUAUCAAAUUGAAAGGAAAUACCACAGAACAACUACUCUACAAUCUUCUUCUCUUGAAAAAAAGAUUAAAAAAUGAGAGAUUGAGCCUUGUGAAAUUGUGAGGGGAUUAUGUAAUUAUUUCCAGGGUCCAUUUUUGAGAGCACGUCCAUCCUACUGACUCACAAGUCAUUAAGAUCCUGGAGGGAGAUUUUCCAGUUACAGCUCAGCAACUGGUGCCCUAGGCAAACCAGGCAGUUAGUUCCCCACUCUCAAACCCUAAGGGUAGAUUUCUGUCCUGAAGUCUGAAGGAGUUUGUCAAUAAGUUUAACCCAGCAGUCUCCUUACUUGGCUCUAUGAUAUCCGUGUUGACGUGAAGUGAAAUAAACAAAGGUUCAACAAGUUUGUUAAAAUUGUAGUAAAAAAAUAACUUAUAAAUGUUGCUUCCACACUAAUAGGCUAAAAUAUCAUGCAUGGCUAAAGAUUAGGAUUAAAUCUCAGCAACAUCAUGAGAAUUAAAAAGUUAUGCAUCAUUUUUUUCCUAACUUCACUGCACAGAAUAUAUUGGGCUAAAUUCUCUCCAUGCAUCUAAAAAUGGAAAUAUUUAGGUAUGUUAUGUCUCUUGAAGUGGGUAUAGGAAUUGGAUUUAAAUUUAUAUCAGAACAUGAUAAUUAUACAGACUUCUCUAGUUCAUUAUUAUAUUAUUCUCAGUGGCUAUUGUGGGUUCGGGCUCAUUCUGGAUAGAAAGCAAUGUGAUUAUAAUUGUACAAGAUUUAAAUCAGUUGUGGCUAUGAAAAUUCUGUACAAAAGAUUUACCUUUAGGAGUUCUCCUAUUUUAAUUUCUUAUAGGUAAAAUAUAUUUAUAGACCACAGUUUUAAAGCAGCUUCAAAAUCAAAUAUACUCAGGGUUUGAGAGUGGGGAAUCAUCUGCAUGGUUUGCUUAGGGCACCAGUUGCUAGCAACUGGAUUAGAGACAUCACUGAGGGUGGCUUAUUAGAAGCACAUUUCAGACCUAGUGUUCCUCAAGGUAUGGCAUGGGAUGUAGGUUCAGAUGGUCCAAUAUACUUUUCUCUUGUCCACCCUGCCUCUUCUUUAAGUCCUGGGUACAUGGCACAAAUGAGGUCCUCAUAUUUUAUUCUGAUACCAACAACUCUAUGAGGUAGGUCAGGCUGAGCGAAAGGAAGCUGUUGAAGGCUGUCCAACAAAUUUCCUGACUGAUUUUCAACAUCCAAAGCGCAAUACUACAGGGGACAAUCUGCUUCUCAUUUCAAAGCCACUAUAACAACUAACAGCUGAGCAGCACUUAAUAAAACUAAUGGAAUACUCUCAAACAUUCUUCAUAUUUGUAAUUGCUAUCCAAGACCAAAAGAUGUCAAAUACAAAGAAAGAUAUUAGUUUCAAAGAAAUUUAGGGUGCUGUGCUCUACAACAAUGGAUUCUCAGUAGCAAUAGCACUUGGAUUAACAUACCGCUUCACAGUGCUUUACAGCCCUCUCUAAGCAAUUUACCAAGUCAGCAUAUUGCCCCUGACAAUCUGGUUCCUCAUUUUACCGACCUUGGAAGGAUGGAAGGCUGAGUCAGCCUUGAGCCGGUGAGAUCGAACUGCUGAACUGCAGGCAGCUGGCUACUUCUGCCUGCAGUACUGCAUUCUAACUACUGCGCCAUUAUGGCUCCAGUAAUCUCCAAAUUGCUGUCAAUAAUAAAUUCUCUUGAUAUUCCCAGAUUUUCUUUAAUUGAGGGUAUUUUUUGAAUGGGAAGGAGAUAGAGACAGGGGAAAAAAUUACCCCAUUUCCUUUUCCAUUUUUUUUUAAUGUGUUGCUUAUCAUAUAAGCAGACAUCCAUUAUUUUGAUUUGGUCUAGCAGAUAGAAGUAUCCAUAGCAAUGGUCACUGGCUUCAGCUUGGCAGGUGCAACUAGUCAAAUGAAGCCCCAUACCUUUUUACAUGCAUGCAAUGUGUACAAUGCUAAAAUGUGGCAGGGUUUAAGUCACCUGGUGCUGCCCACCAUUUUGGAGGCAGUGAAAGGAAAACAUUCAUCACAUGGUAUAAUAACUUUAUUGUGAACUGGGGAAAAUCAGGUAAAUCAGAAUUGCAACUUUGACACAUUGCACAUUAUUCUCGCAAGAAUUUCACUUAAAGAUUCCAUUCAAAAUUAUGUCAUUCUUUGGUUUGCCACAGCAAAUACAAAUGUGAAAUGUUUCCUGAUAUUUGAGACAUAUUUUAACAAUAUCAGUAGAUCCAAACUACUGUUUACUUUUUGGUAAUCGAGAUGUCCUGCCAGACAUAAACUUCCAAUCUUUCCCAUAAAAGUAGAGUUGUAAAACAUGUUUGUACUCUAUUUAAUUUUGAAGGCCGUGCAUGUCAUACUGUGUGUGAGGGAUGGGAGGAGUGGAGGGAGAUAAAAAGAGAAGAUUGCAGAUUUUUAUUAUUAUUAUUUUAGAUCCUGCUAGUGAGAUGGUGGUCUUGUUAUAGCUGAUAUAUUAUUUAUCCUAUGUUGAUUAUUAAAUAACACACAUUAGUUACAUAUUUAUAUUCAUCUUACUUUUUUAUUAUUGCUUGUAGGUUUAUAUAUAAUAAAUAUUGUAUCAGGGUUCCAAGUAACAAUCCCAAAGCAAUCAAAACUCUGAGGCCUAGAGUUUCUUCAAAGCAUAAUUUUAUUUGGGAUGUCAUAUUGGCACGGCUGGUGAACACCCAACUCUGAAGGACCUGGAGUUUUCCCCACCAAAAUCAAAACCCAAAGUUCUUGCCCUCAGGUCACAUGUCCAUCAUGUGGUCCAAUCAGGUCGCAGUCCCAACUCCAGCUGGCUUUGGUCCACGCCCUUCCAACACCUGGUAGAACAUCCUUGGCUUCCAUGGGAAAGAAUGUAUUUUGGCUACACAUCCCCCAGCUAUCUCUACUUCCCCCAUCACGUUCCCACAGCUCCAUCUGGCCUCGCUAUGGCAGCCCUGAGGAUGCUCCGAAAAUGGCUUCAGGGCUGACAUAUUGGCAAAGACUUCUAAAUUCUUCUCCUGCACAAACUACAUGAAUGAAUAGAAUGUAGACAAGUUGUAUUCUUCCGACACUUCUAUUCAUUGCCUUCAGGCUGAGCAGAAAACUUUUCCAGUAGAUUUAACUAUGUAAUAACUUUUUUUCUAAAUUUGUAUGGUAACUUUUGCUAGAGUAUAGUAAUUUGUGAUUUGAAAAGUGCAAAUCACAGAUGGAUGUCAGAUUAAAAAUAUUUAACCAGCUUUUCAUCCAGUCUUAAAUAAAGCAUGUCCUACCAUUCUAUAAAGUGCUUGUUGUUUUGUGCAAUACUGUUAGGCAACUGCCUUUAGGAAACAUAAUAAAGGCAUACAAAUACAAAAAUAAGCCUCUGUUCUGUACAUCAGUGCUUCGUCCCUCCAUUCCGCACCCUUCUUCUUCAACAGCAGCCUACCAUUCAUCCUCUGUCAACCUCUGGUUGGUUACUCUAUACAUACAGUUAGUAUCAUUUCAUUUAGAUCAGGGCAAAGAAGCCAUAGAAUUAAGAGGUGAGGCCAGGUAGUUUGGUAAGCGGAAACAGAUUGAAAACAAGGCUUGGAGGAAAGCAAAUGCAGGGCCAUUAAUGCUGCCUUGGUAAAUCUACAAUCCCCUUAACUUCUCGUAUAUCAAGACUAGUUGAUAAACUGUAGAGGGUUGAAAUUAGUUCAUGCAGAACGUUGAAAGCAGUAUGAAAGAAGUGUCUUUUCUAUUAUGAAACACCCAUAGAAGCUCAAUGUGUCUCCAAGCUGCUAAUGAUAAUGACACAUAUUUUAGCUUUUGAAACUUGAGAAAUAGAGCUACUGCAAAACCAACUGGAGCAGUGCUGGUAAACUUAUAACAUAUGUAGGUGACAUGCCCUAUUUUCCAACAACAAUUAUUCUCAAAAGCAGGUUCUUAAUGCAGUCUCCGGAAACUAAGAAGGCUUCAUGACAAACCCUCAUAGGUCACACGAGACAUCUGUGCUUUUGUGUUGCCUGUGAAGCCUCUGAAAAUCAGACAAAAUAUAGGGUGUGCUUUUAGGCGGUUUUCAGAGGUUGCAGAGGCCGUAAAGAGCAUUCCCCAAAACUGUUAAAAAACUGAAAGGGUCCCUGAAGGAUCAGAGCUGAAAGGCUUAAAACAUACACAGACUGUAACCUAAUUCAGCUUUUGUUAAUUGCUGUUGAAAGAAGCGCCAUUGUAACCUAAUGUGCCAACUGUAUAGAUAAAACUUCUAGGCGAAUUGCCAAGCUUAACCUAGCAAAAUAACUUCUUGUGAAAAGUAAAAUGUGGAUUCUGCCAAGUAACCUUGCUUGUAACUGAAAAUGUGUGUUCAGCAUUCCCUAACAAAGUUCUAACUUAUAGGCCAGAAAAUGGAUUUCUUUCCCUUUCUAAAGUCUAUUAUUUUCGGAGCGCUGAGAAAAAUGGUGAAAUUCAUGUGAUAUGAAAUUAUGUUUCUAUAGCAAUGACAUUAUGUGCAAGCUGAGUGAGCUAUAAGAUGUUUGGAAAAGUUUUUUGCGUGCGCCUGCUUUUCUCUCUGCCUGCUCUGUUAAGGUAGGAGACAAAAAGGCCGUCUUUUGCUUUCUGCAGAAAAUAAAAGCUGAUUACAAAAUGAAGGCUUCGUGCAACUUGGAACAGCCUCAAGUAGGCCGCAGAGGCCUGUCAAUGGAGAGAGAAAACACCACCUGAAGCCAUUCCCAAGCAAGAAGGAACAGAAGAAGCAUUAAGCCCUGUGCUGAGAAACAACUGUGAUCUUUACCAAUACACAUUCUAACGGUUUUCCCUGGCAAA